CUACUCUCUACUCCAAGUCUCUCUAUCAUCUCCCUUCAACUCCACCCUUUCCUCUCCUCUUCUCCCCCCAUUUUAAAAUACCCACAAAACCCACCAUUACACACCGCAAUCCUCCCGGAGCUCGAGGUCAGUUCCGUCUUUUCCACCUCAGAUUCCGGCGCAUUAUUGGCGGAAAUGAGCACUCCGGUGAGGAAGUCCCACACAUCCACCGCGGAUCUGCUCACCUGGUCCGAGACUCCGAUUGCCGACUCCCCGGCGCUCCCCUCUUCCGCUACUCGGCCUCACCAGCCGUCGGAUGGGAUCAGAAAGGUGGUGUUUGGAGGUCAGGUGACGGAUGAGGAGGUCGAGAGCUUAAACAAACGAAAACCUUGUUCAGGGUACAAGAUGAAGGAGAUGACUGGGAGUGGCAUUUUUGCUGGGGGAGCUGACGAUGAAGCAUCAGAACCUGGUAGUGCUAAUCCUACCCCAAAUAGCAAAAGUGGAAUCCGACUGUACCAGCAAGCGGUUGCUGGAAUCAGUCAUAUCUCAUUUGGUGAGGAAGAGGGUGUUACUCCCAAAAAGCCUACUACAAUUGCUGAAGUCGCAAAGCUGCGAGAGCUGAGUGGAACCUUGGAAACUGAGGCAGAGGCAGAGGCAAGGCUGAAGAAGCAGCUUUCAGAGUCUAAAUAUAAGGAGCUCAGUGGGCAUGACAUAUUUGCACCCCCACCUGAAAUUUUACCUAGGGAAACUACUGCUCCACGACAACUGGCUUUGAAAGGGAGCAUUCAAAUAGGAGAACCUACUUCACCCGUAUACGAGUCUGCUAAGUCUACUGGAGGUCAGAUCAAUGUUAUACCGGGUGAGGACCCUGUGUCCAAGACGGCGAAGAAGAUUUAUGAGAAGAAAUUUUCCGAGCUGUCAGGAAACGACAUAUUCAAGGGCGAUGUUCCUCCGUCCUCUGCUGAGAAACCACUGAGUGUGGCAAAACUGCGGGAGAUGAGUGGCAGCAACAUCUUUGCCGACGGGAAGGCAGAGGCUCGAGAAUAUUUGGGUGGCGUACGCAAACCCCCUGGUGGCGAGAGCAGCAUUGCCUUGGUUUAACUUGCUAGGUGGCCUAACUUGGUGAUUUUAUCACAUGGUGUCUGGUUUUGUUCUUUUUCUCUUCUAGUGGUGGAGGAUUGUUAUUAUAUAAUUUGACCUUUUCAUUGUGGGAUUUCUUGGAGUCAUGUUUUAGGUUAUAAGGUUUUAGAGCUAUGGACUAUCUCUGCUAAUUGGGUUGUGUAUGUCCAUAUUUAUGUGUUCUUCCAGUGCUUGGGCUGUUUCCCUGGGUUUAAUUUAAUCCAUCAUUUGUUGAUCCCCCUUGAUCAUGCAUUUUGCAUCA